AUGCUUUUGAUUACGGAGAUUGUACGGGUGAGUGUAAAGCGGAAGUCCUACCAAGAACACAACAACGUCUUGGUACUACGUGUCAUGUUUGUCCAUGAGCCGUUCGCCCACAUACGAAGAGCAAAUAUGCCGCUUGCCGGCUGA